AUGUCUUGGAUAUACAGUUUAACAUCGUAUUUUGGCAGGCCUUUAGAGAAUGUGGCAAAAGACAUUGAAAAAGAUGUGAAAAUGUCAGCUCGGAACAUCUUUGCAGCAGAUCCAAGCAUUUGCCAUUGUGUUCCUCUUGCCAAAACAUUCAUGUCAGAAGUGUUCAUUAUUUUUCGAAGAAACAACGACUCUGAUUUGUUCACAACAAGUGUCAUGAAAAUUGUGUUCAAAGAUAACGUUCCCAGUCGUAGUAGUUGUAGAGACCUUCUUAUUAGAGAGGCCUCCAAUCAUGAGCAAGCGUCUGAGAGCAACAUCGCCAAAUGUUUGAAUGUCUUUGAAAAAGACAAUUUCUGGUUGAUUGAAAUGAAAUUUUAUGGACUCGGAUCGUUGCGAGAUUUAUCAUUCAACACCGACCAGAAAAGACCAUUGACCACUGAAAUGGCGAUCACUGUGCUGCAUCAAAUUACCAAGGCUCUCGACUUCAUUCAAAUACUUCCAUACGACAAACGCGACACCCUUCUUCUCCCUAUUGUAGCAGAUGGACGCUACAUUCAUCGAGACAUUAAACCUGAAAACAUUUUGGUCCAAAAGUAUGACAAAGACAAUGACGAAAUUGAAGUUGUGUUGACAGAUUUUGGUCUGUGUCGGUCCCUCAAUUCUGUCGAAGAGGACAAUGGUGGCACAGACGGGUACAGAGCUCCUGAAAAAAAGAUUACAAUUCGAAGUGAUUUUUUCUCACUUGGAACAUCAUUACUGGAGAUGUGGAAUGAAACGAAUGAUGAACAGGGUCGAAAGUUAAAAGCAUUUCUUUCAAUUAUGACCAAGGAGAAUCCAGAUGAUCGUCCUCAGUCCACAAAUGAGAUUCUCCAGUUUUGCGAGUUGUUUCAGAACCCUGAUCAAACGAUUAGAAUAGAACAGAAAGAACUCACAGUGACCAGCUAUUCAAAACAGAGUACUUCUAACAACUGUGAACAAGUGAAUUCCAAUAACGGCUCGUUGAAAAGAAAAAUCGAGAAUUUAAGGGCAACAAUGAAAAACAAAGAGGCCAAAAAGAAAAAGAAGUGA